AUGACUGCAGAAAAUGAAAUCAAAAAGAUCAUCAUCGUCGGCGGCGGCCCAGCUGGCAUCCUUGCUGCGCUUCAGCUGCAAAAAUGCAACGGAAUCACGCCGGUAGUCUAUGAGAUCCGUCACAGGCCAACCACACUCGGAGGAGCAGUGGGCAUUCCCUCCAACGGUCUCCGGCUGCUCCAUCGCCUUGGACUAUACAAUGACGUUGCAGCCCGAGGCGCGCUGACGCCCAAAGUCGUCUUGCACGCCCUCAAAGGCUACGUCAUGGGCGAGAUGGAUCUAUCGUCCUGGUCCGAGCAGCAGACCGGUUUCGGGUACUUGCGUAUUCAGCGAACCGACUUGAUGGAGGUCUUGCUGGGCGCCGCAGAGCAGGCAGACAUCAAAAUACACUACGGCAAAACCUUGGAGCAGAUUGUAGAACAAGACAGCACUGUGACGACCCGAUUUGCCGACGGAACGAUAGACACGGCCGACUUCCUCCUGGGCUGCGACGGGAUCCACUCCGCCGUGCGGAAACUCUACGUCGACCCGGACUCCGUGCCGGAGUACUCGGGGUUUGCAAAUAUGUUUGCUCUCGUGCGGCCAACCGAGGUAUGCCCUGCGGCCUCCUCCAUCGAAACCAUGAGUGCAACGCUCACCUCUGACGGGCUGUUCGUCAUCACGCCAACGACCCCAAACCAUAAUUUGCUUUACUGGUUCUUUUCCCGCCAGGUUGCUCUUCCCUCUUUUGGCAAUGCCCGUGACGGAUGGGAGGAGCGUGGGAAGGAAGCAACAGACACCUUCAAGGCGACCCUCCUUGAUCUCUUGGGGAGUCAAAAGUCUAACUGGAUGGAUAUGAUACACGAGGUGAUUAACAACACGAAUGCCGUUCAGUUUUACCCAAUCUACAAGAUGCCACGGGGGAGACCGUGGUCAAAGGGCCACUGCAUGCUUCUCGGCGACGCUGCGCACGCGAUGCCGCCAUACGCAAGUCAGGGAGUCUCCAUGGCAUUGGAAGACGUAUUUUUGUUCUCAAAGAUGUUGAAGAGCAACUUGUGGAGUUUAGAUGAUGCGUUGCAGGCGUACGAGAAGAAGCGGAAGGUGAGGACGGAGGCAAUGCUGGAAAAGACGGAGUCGAACGGAUCUGUCCGAAAGCAAACUGCACCUUGGCGUCUUCGAGCGAUGGAGUUGGCCAUCACGGGAGGCUUGUGGAUAUCAAGGACUACCGGUAUUGAAAAGAUGGGCUUUGGUCAGAAACUACUUGUUUAUGAUGUUGAAGAGGAAGAGUUCUGA